GAGACUUUUAGGGUUUUAGUAUCUGCUGUCACACCUCCUUGCCGCCGGCCAGCAGCUUUGAUCGAUCUCUCCCGGGGCAACAAUCGAUCGGAGUUCAGAUCUGUCUGCAGGUAUGGCCACAGAAGCGGUAUUAACAGCCGGAGACGAGGCGGAUAAGGUUCACACCGGUGUUUUGCUAUUCAACCGUUGGUCCUAUGACGAAGUCCAGAUUAAUGAUAUCUCUGUGGAAGACUAUAUUACUGCAACUGCUGCCAAGCAUCCGACAUAUAUGCCUCACACAGCUGGGAGGUACCAGGCAAAACGAUUCAGGAAGGCUCAGUGCCCGAUUGUCGAGAGGCUAACCAACUCCCUCAUGAUGCAUGGAAGAAACAAUGGGAAGAAGCUGAUGGCAGUCCGCAUUGUGAAGCAUGCCAUGGAGAUCAUUCAUUUGUUGACUGACCAGAACCCAAUUCAAGUUAUUGUUGAUGCUGUUAUCAACAGUGGUCCAAGGGAGGAUGCAACCCGUAUUGGUUCAGCCGGAGUUGUUAGAAGACAAGCUGUUGAUAUAUCUCCACUGCGCCGCGUCAAUCAGGCGAUAUAUCUGCUCACCACCGGUGCCCGUGAAAGCGCUUUUAGGAAUAUCAAAACAAUCGCCGAGUGCCUUGCUGACGAGCUUAUCAAUGCUGCAAAAGGAUCCUCUAACAGUUAUGCUAUUAAGAAGAAAGACGAGAUUGAGAGAGUUGCCAAGGCCAACCGUUGAGAUUUCAAAGAUUUCGGACAUUAUGUUUGUCUCGUUUUACCCUUGAUGACUUUGGAUGUUGCUGAAAGCAUGAAUAGUGCUGGAUGCUCAGUGUUUUUGUUUAAUUUUGUUGGGAGUUUUAUGAAUUAGAUAAAUGGGAACCUGGAUGUUGCUUUGCCUUAAUAUGAGAGCAUGUUUUUAACCAUAAA